GCACAAGGGUAGUCCUUGCAGUCUACUCCGUCCAGGGUGUCGAUCGGAUCCCUGCCGACGAAUUCGAACAGCUCCUACAGCUCGGGUUCAACCCGGCUCCGGUGCAGACGGGCGACCAUGCGGACGUUCCCUGGCAAGCCCCGACGUUUGCUCUCCGCACUGAAGCUGCUGAUCGCAAGCGACCGCGUGGAGCUCCUGUUCGAGUUCGCGAUCAUCGUCAGCGAUCUUCUGGCCAGAAGGCGAUCGCGGCCGGCUACCAGAUGAAAAAGUCGGUCGUCCUUCCUUUGAUCACGACUGAAAUGCAUCCGGGCGAGGCGAUCGAGUUCGCGCUCGAUACGAUCCAUCCCUUCACCAAGGACGCCGCAAUCGACUCUGAUCUUCAGGCCGUUCUGCAAGAGAUAGUGGAUCAUCCUCAGGCAAUCUGCGAUCGCCGUGAGUCGCUCCUACAGCAUUGGGACGCUCGCGCGCGAGAGCUCGUGCCUCAGUCUGACAGCUUGCUCAAACAGAUCCCGGACCGCCACCUUCGUCGGCUGUUGCGGGGUGUUCCGGAUGAUCAACCGGUGGAGCUCGGCGCUUUCUUCCACGUCGCCCUCUGGCGCGAGCUCAUGCAGCAUGCCGCCUGUUCCGACGUGGACUUGGUGGACCAGAUCAUGGCCGGUAUGCCGAUCGUGGGUGACAUCGCCUCUUCACAUCGAUGGGUCUGGGAGGCGACCUUGGAGGAUGUGGCGGAAGGAGCCGCGGUCGGGCCCUUCUUUGAAGAGUCCGAGGUCUCGGAGUUUGUGGGGGACGAUCACUGGAUCCCUACGCAGAGGUUCGAGGUCGUCCAGAAGAACAAAGUUCGGGGAGUGGACAGUGCCACCGCGAAUGGGAUCAAUAUGGCGGCCAAACCUCUACGUGGAUGGGUACUGGACGAGCGCAGGGCCUAUCGUCAGGUGCCGAUCUCGCCUGGUCACAGGAAGUGGAGUGUCGUGGCCUUGAAGGAUCCCAGCACCGGCAAGGUCGCCUUCUUUGUGAUGGUGGGAUACCGCUGCGAGUGCGUUCGCACUUGCGGAGAAGGUGCACUGGUGGUUGGGCGCGAGGUUCGAUCAACAGAAGCUCCAGCUGUGCCCCGACCCCACGAUCUUGGGC